GCUCUGCGGGGCGCGCUCCUCCCAUGCCGGUGUCAGGUUUACGGAACAGAGCUGCCCAGCCGGACGCCCGGUGGCCGUGAGAAUUCCAUUCGCCUGACCUGGCCCAGCCUGACCCCGCCGGGGCGCGCCAUGUUCGCGCGUGGGUCCCGAAGGCGCCGCUCGGGGCGCGCGCCUCCAGAGGCAGAGGACCCAGACCGCGGCCAGCCCUGCAACUCCUGCCGGGAGCAGUGUCCCGGCUUCCUGCUGCACGGCUGGAGAAAGAUCUGCCAGCAUUGCAAAUGCCCGCGGGAGGAGCACGCGGUGCACGCAGUGCCUGUGGACCUGGAACGCAUCAUGUGUCGGCUGAUCUCGGACUUCCAGCUCCACUCCAUUUCCGACGAUGACUCAGGCUGUGCCUCCGAGGAGUAUGCCUGGGUACCACCAGGCCUCAAGCCCGAGCAGGUAUACCAAUUUUUCAGCUGCCUCCCAGAGGACAAAGUCCCCUAUGUCAACAGCCCCGGGGAGAAAUAUAGGAUCAAGCAGCUGCUGCACCAGCUCCCCCCACAUGACAGUGAGGCACAAUACUGCACAGCGCUGGAUGAGGAGGAGAAAAAAGAACUCAGGGCCUUCAGCCAGCAGCGGAAGCGUGAAAAUCUGGGUCGUGGCACUGUGCGCAUCUUCCCGGUAACCAUCACUGGGGCCAUCUGUGAGGAGUGCGGGAAGCAGAUUGGAGGCGGGGACAUCGCAGUGUUUGCCAGCCGUGCAGGCCUGGGCGCCUGCUGGCACCCACAGUGCUUUGUGUGUACCACCUGCCGGGAGCUGCUCGUGGACCUCAUCUACUUCUACCACACUGGCAAGGUCUACUGUGGCCGCCACCAUGCCGAACGCCUGCGCCCGCGCUGCCAGGCCUGUGAUGAGAUCAUCUUCUCCCCUGAGUGUACGGAGGCCGAGGGCCGGCACUGGCACAUGGGUCACUUCUGCUGCUUCGAGUGUGAAGCAUCGCUAGGAGGCCAGCGCUAUGUCAUGCGUCAGAGCCGCCCCCACUGCUGCACCUGCUACGAGGCCCGCCACGCUGAGUACUGUGAUGGCUGCGGGGAGCACAUCGGCCUGGACCAAGGCCAGAUGGCUUACGAGGGCCAGCAUUGGCACGCCUCGGACCGCUGCUUCUGCUGCAGUCGCUGCGGGCGAGCCCUGCUGGGCCGCCCCUUCCUGCCGCGCCGUGGCCUGAUCUUCUGCUCGCGCGCCUGCAGCCUCGGGCCGGAGCCCGCCGCUACCCGAACUGGCCGUCGCAGCUGGAGCGCGGGCACCGUCUCGGUGCCUCUAGCAGCCUCCGCGGCCUCUUUCUCGGCUGCCGAGGGAGCGUCCGAGACCGCCACCGAAGUAACCAGCCCGGAGCCAGCGCCUGCCAUUGGCCCCGAAGAGCCCGCCCCCUUUCUGAGAGGGGCCCCUCACCGCCACUCCAUGCCCGAGCUGGGGCUCCGCAACGCCCCCGAACCACUCCCCGGGUCCCCCUACCGCCCGGAUCCGCGUCCCGAAGAUGGUGCCUUCGGCCGCCAGAGCACUCCGCGAGUCAGCUUCCGAGACCCUCUGGUGUCUGAGGGAGGCCCCCGGCGGACCCUGAGCGCACCCCCGGCCCAGCGCCGCAGGCCACGCAGUCCCCCGCCCCGGGCCCCCAGCCGUCGCCGCCGUCACCCCCACCACCACCACCACCAUCACCACCGCCGCCAUCCCGGCAGACGUCGCCACCAUCAAUGUGACUCGGGUUCCGGGUCUGACUCGGAAUCUUGCUCCAGCUCUCCCUCCAGCCCCAGUUUCGAGUCCUCAGAAGACGAUGGCUUCUUCCUGGGGGAACGCAUCCCACUGCCCCCGCACCUGCGCCGGCCCGUGUCAACUCAGGACCCUGCAACAGAGACCCCCAACUCCCCACCCCCUUCGCUCCCCAGGGACCCGCGCCCAGGGAUGCCUCGCCAGGCCCGAGACAAGAACUGCAUCGUGGCUUGAAGGCAAGGCAAUCCUUGUGGCCUCCAUUCUCCAGUCAGUGUUGAUGGUGACCCCCAAACCUGAGUCACAGAUCCCCUUCCUCCCUCCCUCCUUUGUCUGUUUGUGUUAUUGAAAAGUAUAAUUUAAUAUUUGUUGUCAAACAGACCUGGCUUCUUUGCCUCCUUGUUCCAGAUGCCCCCUCCCCCCAAAUUAUUUCCCUGGCAUGAUGCUUGAGUUUAUCCACC